GCUGCUGCUGAGGCGGCAGUCGGAUCCGGGGGGGAUGGAUGGGGCAGGCAGCCGGGGGGCCCCGGCGCCGGGGGCCUGCGCCCAGGCCCUGUGAGCGGCUAGCGGGGGGCGGCCGCCGUCUGUGCCCCCGGGCCCCGGGCUGAGCUAGGGCCGAGGGCCCGGCAGCGAGGCGCUGAGCGGGCCCCGGGGCGGGGGGCCCCGGGGCAGUAAGCCAUGGCCACCCGGCGUCUAACGGACGCGUUCUUGUUGUUGCGGAACAACGCGGUGCAGAGCCGGCAGCUGCUGGCCGAGCAAGUGAGUAGUUACGGCUCCUCCAGCCCUCUGAGUUCACGUAGCAUGGCUGCUGCGCUUGCUGAUGAUCGUAUGGCACUGGUGUCAGGCAUAAGUUUGGAUCCUGAAGCAGCAAUUGGAGUAACAAAACGCUUACCUCCCAAAUGGGUUGAUGGAGCAGACGAAAUUCAAUAUGAUAUUGCCAGGGUUAAACAGAAGAUGAAAGAAUUAGCCAGUCUUCAUGAUAAACAUCUAAACAGACCAACACUGGAUGACAGCAGUGAAGAAGAACGGGCAAUAGAAAUAACAACCCAGGAGAUCACACAGUUGUUUCACAGAUGUCAAAGAGCAGUCCAGGUCUUGCAGAGCAGGUCACGUAGUUGCACAGAGCAAGAAGCACGUGUUCUCAGGAAUGUAGUGUCUUCCUUAGCACAGUCCCUUCAGGAUCUAUCCACCAACUUUAGGCAUGCACAGUCUGACUAUCUGAAACGCAUGAAGAAUAGAGAAGAAAGAUCCAAACACUUCUUUGACACCUCAGUCCCACUGAUGGAUGAUGGAGAGGAUGAUACACUUUAUGACAGGGGUUUUACAGAUGACCAGCUAGCAUUGGUGGAGCAAAACACGUUAAUGGUGGAAGAGCGGGAACGUGAAAUCCGUCAGAUUGUACAGUCAAUCUCCGAUCUCAAUGAAAUAUUUAGGGACCUGGGAGCAAUGAUAGUAGAACAGGGAACAGUUCUAGAUAGAAUUGACUACAAUGUUGAACAAUCAUGUAUGAAAACUGAAGAGGGUCUAAAGCAACUACAUAAGGCAGAGCAAUAUCAAAAGAAGAAUCGGAAGAUGCUUGUUAUUUUAAUUUUGUUUGUUAUAGUAAUUGUCCUUAUUGUUGUUCUUAUUGGUGUAAAGUCACACUAGGUUUCAAUUCAUUUUAUCAUUUUUGGAGUUCCUGUGAACUUUUUUUUUCCCCAAUGUGAAUGGAUGGGCCUGCACUCCAGAAAGCUGCCUUUGAAUGUAUAAGCCCUUGUGGUGCAAAGUCUGUGCAAUGUUUCUGUAGAAUUCUUCAAAGCACUAGUUUGGUGAUCUGUGAGGUGUCUGUAAGGACUACAUGGAUAACGUCUGGAAAUUUGAUACUCCCAUACAAGUGAUUUGUCACUCUGCACAGAGGUAUUUGGAAACACAGUACUUAAAAAUAAUUACAAAGUUGAAGUUUACCAAGUGGGUACAGUAAUUAGUGUGGUACUGUGAACAAAAAAUGUGUUGUCUUCUCUCUUAUGUCGCAAUUCUUACAAGCUUCAAAAUUAAACCAUGCUACUGAGACAUGGGACUAGAUAACAUAAAAAGGAUCUAGAUGUAAAAUAUGCUGAGGCAUAAAAAUGUUUGACUUGAUCUCAUUCUUUUUUCCAGAUUCAAAAACUCAAAAGAAUUGGAGAGACAGCUGAAAAACAAAGCCUUUAACAAGCAGAACGUAAUCCAACCCCUGUGAUCUUAAUUUAGAUACUGCACCAUUACUAAGAAUCAGAGUAGGACUUGAUCUUGUAAAUAACCAGAUUUAAUCACUGGCAUAAUGUAGCACAUUUAGUUAAUUAAAAAAAAAUUCUGAGCUUGAGUAGUCAUGGGAAUGUUUUUCCUCACCAGAAUGAUCAUACAGAUUUUUGUCAUGUACAAUUUCUUUAAAGUACAGACAUUGCAUUAAAGCAAUGGGGAAGUUAAACCUGAAAAACUGUUGGGUUUUUUUG